UCACAUAGGAGCAGAGGAGUUGGGCCAGCCUAUAGCUCAGCGGUUACUUCUUGGUUUACAGAUAUUUGCUUCUGUCAAUCCUCCAGUAUGAAAGAGAGCCAGCACAGCCAUGACACAAACCACACUGGCAAGAGAUGCGGAUGCUGGCGAUACAGGAACUUCAUCAUCGCACCGCACUCCACUAAGACGACAUUCGCAGCAGUCUGCCAGUCUCCAGAAGAUGGGUAGUAAGAGACGGCGUCUUGAGGCGGUAACUACACCCGCAUCCUCACCACCACAACGGCGCAUCUCCACUGUGUUGGCUCAGCCACCAGAAGUCAUUUUGGCCAGUCCACAAAGCGAUGAACCACAAUCCCCUCAGCUGUCUGUACGAAAGAGAGCCAGCACAGCCAUGACACAAACCACACUGGCAAGAGAUGCGGAUGCUGGCGAUACAGGAACUUCAUCAUCGCACCGCACUCCACUAAGACGACAUUCGCAGCAGUCUGCCAGUCUCCAGAAGAUGGGUAGUAAGAGACGGCGUCUUGAGGCGGUAACUACACCCGCAUCCUCACCACCACAACGGCGCAUCUCCACUGUGUUGGCUCAGCCACCAGAAGUAAUUUUGGCCAGUCCACAAAGCGAUGAACCACAAUCCCCUCAGCUGUCUGUACGAAAGAGAGCCAGCACAGCCAUGACACAAACCACACUGGCAAGAGAUGCGGAUGCUGGCGAUACAGGAACUUCAUCAUUGCACCGCACUCCACUAAGACGACAUUCGCAGCGGUCUGCCAGUCUCCAGAAGAUGGGUAGUAAGAGACGGCGUCUUGAGGCGGUAACUACACCCGCAUCCUCACCACCACAACGGCGCAUCUCCACUGUGUUGGCUCAGCCACCAGAAGUCAUUUUGGCCAGUCCACAAAGCGAUGAACCACAAUCCCCUCAGCUGUCUGAUCCAGACAUCAUGCCCCAGGAUACCCAGCAGGAAACUGACUUGCAGCAAACUUUCACACUACACCUGCAAGCAGUUGUUCCGAACCAGCCAACCACGCCGGCUGACAUUACUCCACCACCCCAAACAACCCCCACCCAACAAUUGAGCCCAACACCACCCCAGCCAGAAAUGGGACAAGACUUUUGGUCCAGUUGGGCCACACAACAGGCCCAACACUAUGCCUGUCUGCAAAAACACAGCCAAUAUCUUGCCAGUCUGCCACAUCAUCUACCUAGACUGAGUAGAAACUGAGGCAGACUGAUUGUACAACUUGGCAGAGUGGCCAAUACCAUGGAGCAAAUGAGAGCAGACAACAGCCAACUUAUAGGAAGCUGUCAACGCAUCAUGGACGAAUAAAACCGCCAUCAACAAGACCUCAUUCAAUUAAUUCAGAACAAUCAGCUAAUCACAGAAAGCCUGUCCAGAAUAAUCGCCAACAUCACAGCCUCAACAACACAACUGACAGCAAGCCUCAACAACCUGAGCCAAAACAUAAAUUUGUUGGCAGCCCAGCAACAAGGCUCAAGCUCAGGGACAACCACACCUAGCCAGACUCCAGUUACCUCCCCAGUUAGACGAUCAAGCAGAACACGGCCCAAUGUGCCAACAGAAUCCUCUGCAGCCACCAAAAAAACAACAAGGAAAUGAGCAAGCCAGCAAAAAAACAAAAAGUGUUGUCAAAUAUAAAUAACGUUUAUAGAAU